GUGUGAUGCAGCUGUUCUGCUAUAGGCUGUUUAAAGGUGAAAGUAAAGAGGGGCAGCAUGGGUGUUGCAUGCAAAUCUGAGUUAGAAAGAGGAACUACGGCGAAACAAGGGCUCUCGGGAUCGAGUAAGGUUUGCGGACUGAAUUCUGGGUUCUGAAGCUGAUCUGUCCGUGUUAUGUUUCUGAUGGUGACCCGAAGGUGCGAGUGAACCGGUGCGUUUAGAGGAGCAGAGUGACCGGCAGAGCAACGCUGUGGGCUACGCAGAGAGUAGCCUUCAGCUUCGUGGUCGUCGUGCCGGCCAGACACACGGCACCCUGAUUCUUUAAAGAGCUCAUUCGGGCCUACGAGUGGAGACCACUUCCUGGAAGACCCUUCACUACGCAGGAGACUUUAGGAACGUUGCUGAGAUAUGGAGGACUGGAAUGUGGGCUUGGAGACGCUGAGUGAUGUAGCUCUGUGCAGACUUGCAGAGAUGCUGGACAAUUCAAGAUGUGGUUGGAGGCAACUGGCAGAAGCAGUUAAAGAGCAGCCGCAGUUCCGCUACAGUGAGAAGGAGCUGACCAGCUGCUCUCUCCAGGUGCUCAGUGCCAGAGGGAGCCCAGGGCGGUACAUGCUCGCUCUGCUCACUGACCGGCACUGCUCCGUCACCUUCCUGCUGCAGUGCCUCAAAAAGAUCGAGCACCAUGAAGCUGUGAAUUUCCUCACCACAAGCGUGAUGAUGCCGGUAGAGAUAACGGUGCAGCCGCAGGGUGUGCAGAUACCAGAGGGGAGCUGUGUGAUGCUGAGCUGCAGGGCAGUGGGUCCUCCUGGGCUGAACUACCAGUGGUUCAAGCGGGAAGAUGAGGUGCCAGGAGGAAAUACAGCAGAGCUGAUUCUGAACUCAGUUGGACCGGCCCAGGAAGGACAUUACAUCUGCCGUGUUAACGCUGGGGAGAAAUGUGUCUUCAGCAAAUGGGCCCAUGUGCGCUUGGUCCGCUCUGCAGGCUCUGGUGUGAUGUUCCCCUCCUCAGCCAGUGGUCUGUGUAUAACUCAGCAGCCCCUGUCUAAGACACUCUCAGAGGGCGACACUCUCUAUCUAGAAUGUUCUGCCCAGGCAAACCCUCCUCCUCAGUUUCAGUGGUACCACAACAAACAGCCGCUGGCAAAGGCUAACAGCUGCUUCUUAAAGAUUCCAUGUGUAACUACAGCGGAUCGAGGGACGUACAGCUGCAGAGUGUUCAACCUUUAUCACGAGCUGUUGAGUGACCACGUCCAGGUUGAAAUUGGUCCUGGAUCCUGCACUGAUGCCUCUUGGAGGACAGAUGAAGAAGAUAUGCCCAGUUAUGGACCUCCAAGACAGAUAGUUGAUUUUUAUGCCACGGAUAAAGUGGCACUGCUGAUGGGAAAUAUGAAUUACCUGCACCACCGGCAGCUGAGAGCGCCCAUGGCCGACGUGUAUGAGCUGACCAAUCUGCUGCGGCAGCUGGACUUCAAGGUGGUGUCUCUACUGGACCUCAACUGGCAUGAGAUGCACAGAGCUGUUACUGAAUUCCUGCUGCUGCUGGGCCGGGGUGUCUACGGGCUGCUUUACUACGCUGGGCACGGCUAUGAAAAUUAUGGCAACAGUUUCAUGGUGCCUAUAGAUGCUCCGGCCUCGUACACCUCAGAGCACUGCCUGUGGGUCCAGGAGGUCUUACAGCGCAUGCAGGAACGCCAGACUGGACUUAAUGUCUUUCUGCUGGACAUGUGUCGCAAGCGAAACCUGAAUGAUGACAUCAUCCAACAGCCUGGACCCCUGAAAGUUACGGCAAACAUUGUGUUUGGCUAUGCAACGUGUGUUGAUGCUGAGGCCUUCGAGGUGAACAAAGAUGACCUUUCAAAUGGGAUCUUCAUCAGCUUCCUGAAGAAAAGGCUGAUGGAGCAGGAGAAGGUCACAGUUAUGCUGGACAGAGUAGCUGAAGACAUGGGGAGGUGUGAGCUCACCCGUGGGCGUCAGGCGCUGGAGCUGCGCAGUAAUCUUUCAGAGCGGCGUGCACUCACAGAUCGCAUUCAGGCCAUUGACUGUCCAGUUAUGGCAUCAACACGCAAUCUACAGUGGUCAAUUGCACAUGUUUUGCCUGAGAGUCGUGUCCUUCAGUUUGACUGUGGUGUGAAGGUCCAGUUGGGUUUUGCAGCGGAGUUUUCCAACAUCAUGAUCAUCUACACCCGGAUAUUAGAGAAACCCAAAGACAUCACGUCCUGCUCAGCCCAGCUCUCAGACUUCACAGAGGGCCCAGAGAUAGAUCUUAAACGAACCAAUCAGGAGAGCCUCAGAGACGCUGGGAGCUUACUGCUGACCAUGGAUGACCGUCUACCGCAAGAGCAGCCGCGACUUUACACCCGUCUCUGCGCUCUGCAAAGACUCAAGAGGGAGCUCUCGUUCACAGUGUGUCUGCACUAUCAGUACACUAACCUUGAUGAAGAGGUUCUGGAAAGGCAAACAGUGACUGUGGGCAAACCACUGGUGUCCAAACUGAACCUCCACGAGCAAAGGCCCCUCCACGCUUCACCCUCUUCCUCCUCUGACCUUCACACCAUGCCAGACUCCCCAUCAUUUGCUGAGGAUCUGAGGGCCAGCUUGCCUUCCUUAGAAGCUUCUUUGACUGAGUCAGCUGAGUCCUACUAUUAUCCAGAUGCAGUUUCCCCAGGUUCUGCUUCACAUAGGAUAAAUGAACCUGAGGAGACCACCAGCCUGGAGUUCCUCCCAUCAGAGGAGCUUCCUACCUCCAAAAGUUUGACCCAUGCUGGUACUGAGAAACCUUUCAAAUUCACCAGUUUUCAUUCCUUCUAGUGUAAUGGAUUAGAAUGGAAAACUGUAUUUACAUUGGUGUAGUUGAAUAAGGAGAGUUUGCUACAUGGAACUGACACACCGUGAACCUCAAACACUGUUGUCUCCCCUUUCAAAUGCAAAUCCCGCAAUGGCAAAAGAGGGUAAAACAGGCCAAUUCCAAAAUCCAUAGCUCGCCAAGCUGUGUGAUUUUAUCCACUUUUUGACAGUUGAAGCCACAUUAUGUUAAAGUUUCAUAGUAAGCUAACAACUUUGAUUUACUUUGUGUUGUUGCUGAGAUUGAAAGUAAAUAGCUGUAUAGGGAACAUUAACUACUAGCAUAGCUAACUAAAUAGUAUGACGACCAACCUUAUUUACACAGAGGUUCAUUUUAUUUUCCUGUCCAUGUCUUUAUUGACAUGUUGCUUCUGUGUGAGCCAUCGUGGUGCCUCACUGUAAACUAGCAAUCAGAGCAGAGUUCAUCAAUGUAAUUCCAGAGCCCCCCAAAAAGGGACAACAGCUUGUUUUAUUCUGGAGCCAAAUCAUAGGAUUGUAAAGGGGCUUGUAAAAGCACAUCUGGGCAUUUUUGACCCCGAACAAAGUCACAUAUCAUCUAUAGAGACAUCAGAGGACAAUUCAAAGUUUAA